AUGAAGGCCUCUCUGCCCGUGGCUGGGGACUGGUAUGCUCAAUCGCUGCCCUCAUCGCUAGGAGGCGUAUUGAAGCCCUGGCUAUGUGAGCUAUGGCUUCUACUGAUGAGUUCUGGUUUGAACGCCAAAUUUUUGCCCCAUGAAGAGGACGUAGACUUUAUCAAUGAGUACGUUGAACUCCAUAAUGAGUUCAGAGCCAUCACCUUCCCGAUAGGGGCUAACCUGCGCUUCAUGACUUGGGAUGUAGCUUUAUCACGAACUGCUAGAGCAUGGGGGAAAAAAUGUGUGUUUCAGCGUAAUGUGCACUUAGGUGAAGUCCAUAAGGUCCAUCCUGUAUUUGCUGGUGUUGGUGAAAACAUGUGGGUUGGCCCUGAAAAUGAAUUUACUGCAAGAACUGCUAUCAGAAGUUGGUUUGAAGAAAGGAAAAAGUAUAAUUUUCAAAAGGAUAAUUGUAUUGAGAACUGUUCUAAUUAUGUUCAGCUUGUUUGGGACAACUCCUACAAAGUUGGCUGUGCUGUUACUCCAUGUUCAAAAAUUGGAGAUAUUAAGCAUGCAGCACUUUUCAUAUGCAAUUAUGCACCAGGAGGAACUCUAACAAGAAGGCCUUAUCAAGCAGGACCAUUUUGUACUCGAUGUGGCACUCAUGACAAAUGCACAGAUCAUCUAUGCAGUAAUGCAGAUCGCGACCAAGCCAUGUAUUACCAAUUUUGGUAUCCACCUUGGGAAGUGCCUCGCCCAAUUGUGUGUGACCCACUGUGCAUGAUUAUUUUAUUACUGAGAACAUUAUGUUUUAUACUAUGUGUCAUAAUUGUUUUCAUAGUACAAUCUCAGUUUCCAGAUGUCUUUUUGGAAAAACAGAUGAUUCUUAGAAGUAAAGAACCUGUAGCAGAUAAGAAAAAGAAAUGUGAAGAAGAAGAGGAAGAGGAGGAGGAGGAAGAAGAGGACGAAAUGGAAGAAGAUGCAGAAGAGAAAGGGGAAGAUGAAGAAGUGGGUGAAGAUGAGGGAGACUGA